CUCGAAUGUCGAGACGCCCCCCUCAGAUGCUCCAUCGCUCAUUUCUCGUCAGCGACGCUGCGAAAGGCUCGUCCCGCACGGCGAACGGGGCAGCGAUCUCGACGAGGAGCAGAGGCUAAGCCUAAAACAACACCAGGCACCUAAUCUCCACAAGGCCGACCAGGCCCGCGCAAAACCACACGUCAGGGCGCAGACUCCUAGAGCUGCUUUGCUUCCCAGCCUUUGGAUGGCCGCCGCACUCACUAAGCCUCCGAUAUCUUUCUCCUUCGCUCCUCCGACCCGCCCUGGGCCCUUGUUCCACGCGCUUCGUUGAUGAUCAGCGUUUCAUCCUGUCCAGCUGCGUCGCCUGUCCGCCGAUAGCUCCGUUCCCCGGAUUUUCUGCCGCUACUAUCGCGAGUAGCAAAACCCCGCGCGCCUUGCCACGCUUCUCCUCGGCCUGCUGGCGAGUUCGGCUCGCGCGCUGACUGAGCAUCGCCUCAGCGCUGCAAACAAAUGUCGAAUCUCUCGGCCUCCUCCAAAGAUACCAAGCCGCCCGCGAUAAUGUCUGCCCCCGAUUCCGCCCCGUCGCGCAUAGCCCAACUGCAAGAGACAAUAUCCCAACCUGUCCUGGCCUCCUUCUUCGCUGGCGGUGUUGCUGGCGCUGUCUCCCGAACCGUCGUCUCGCCACUCGAGAGAUUGAAGAUCCUGUUCCAAGUGCAGAGCCUUGGGAGGACCGAAUACAAAAUGUCCAUCGGCAAGGCGUUGGCCAAGAUGUGGCGCGAAGAAGGCUGGAGAGGCUUCAUGGCGGGCAAUGGCACCAAUUGCAUUCGCAUCGUGCCCUACUCGGCGAUACAGUUUGGCGCUUUCAAUUUCUACAAACGAUUUUUCGAAGAUACCCCCGGUUCCCCGCUGGGUGCGUACCAGAGACUCAUUUGCGGAGGCUUUGCAGGCAUCACCUCCGUCACCUUCACUUAUCCUCUAGACAUUGUUCGCACCCGUCUGUCUAUACAGUCAGCGUCCUUCCAGGGCCUGGCACACGACAAGAAACUCCCCGGAAUGUGGGGGCUACUGGCUUCCAUGUAUAAGAAUGAAGGUGGCUUCUUCGCGUUGUAUCGAGGAAUCAUACCCACCAUCGCCGGUGUUGCACCUUAUGUUGGUCUGAACUUCAUGGUCUACGAAACAAUGCGCAACUAUUUCACGGCGCAAGGGCAAAGAGACCCAGGCGUCUUAGGAAAGCUUGGUGCUGGUGCCGUCUCGGGCGCCGUCGCGCAGACAUUCACAUACCCAUUCGACGUCUUGCGCCGGAGAUUCCAAAUCAACACCAUGAGCGGCAUGGGCUAUCAAUACAAGUCAAUUUGGGACGCGAUCACCAUAAUCGUCGGUCAAGAAGGCCUCCGGGGUCUGUACAAGGGUAUCGCGCCGAAUUUGCUGAAGGUCGCGCCUAGCAUGGCCAGCAGUUGGCUAAGUUUCGAACUGACGAGAGACUUCCUGCUCGCGCUGCACAAGGAAGAGGAAGAAAUAUAACGUUAUGGAGCUGACGCAUCACUCCAUGAAUUGAAAAGAGCCUCGUUGGAUAUCCAGAAGGCUUUUGCGGUCGACCGCAACCCGUUUGGAUGGCGUUGACGCGCCGGAGCAUAGCAAAGUCUAAAACGAUCCGCCAGCAAAAAAAAAAAAAAAAGAAAAAAGAAAAAAAAGAAAAAAUUACAUAGCUGGUUGAUUAGUUGUACAUUGCGCACAGGUGCAUUUGCGGGCGGAAAGACUGCUUCAUAAAAACAUCGGGAAGCGGGUGUUAGCGGCACGUAGUGAGCCAGCCUGCGAGAGGUCGGCGGAUAGAGCGCGGACGAGAAUCUGGAGAAAUAAUUGUUCUAGAGGGACGGUGGUUUGCACAAUCAAAAUCAUGGCAACGACGAAUGAAAGUACUCUCGAGCUACAUUGUGUGGAUAUACUGCUUGUUGCUGGCAGGUUGUGUGCCACGCCACCGCCUUUAAGGGCAAAGCCGUCUAUGGAGGUCCCACAUCAACC